UGAAUGAAGCCAUCAUGUGAUGAAUCAUUUAGAUCGAUACACUUGAAUCCUGCGUGCAUCUCUGAAAGAUUUACAAAUGCGCGUCUGGCUUUCAGAUUAAAUUCUUGUUCAUGGUGAUUCCUAGCAUGUGUAUUGGACUAGAUAAAGAUUGAGAUAAAUAAUGUAAAUGUUCUACCAGUUUCUAAUAAACAAAGAUUAGACGUUUCUCGGGUAUACAUGAAAGUAAACCGAGUAGAUUUAUUGAACACUAAAAACGUGAUCUCCGAUCUUUAUUAAAAAUAUCCAAAUAGAAAUUUACAACUUUAUAUAUAUGUUAUCACUACUUGUGUCAAAAAUAUGAAUGAAUGAAUGUGAACAGAAGAUCGUUCAAUCUUCACUGACAAUUAUUAUUUAAUUUACGGUUGGAUUGAUGUAGGAUAUACAAUUUGACAUGUAAAUAACACCGUUUUUACCCACUGACACGGUUUUGGUCUUGUCAAUAACGGGAUAUUAAAGAAUUGGAUAACUAGCCUAAAUUUAGUGUGGAUUUCUGUAUUGUUAACUAUGUGACAUUUAAACACUUACAAAGGAUUUCAAGCUAUUAAUGAAUCUAACUUAAGGAUGUACAUUAACAAAUAGUAUUUUCGUUUACUAUUUUUCUCAUGUGAAAAAUUAAGAUUAUUUUGAAAUGGGUAGUUUGAACAGUUGUGGUGCUUUCUGGGCGUUUACAUCAUUUUUAGCUGCACUUAGUGCCGCAGUGGGAUUUUAUUUACCAUACUGGUUGCAGGGAUCUUUACAAGGAACAACUGUUUAUUUCGGUGUUUUUCGACGAUGCAAUUAUCCACAUAUUGCCUCUGGUAGUCUUACGCCUGUUAUUGUUAACGAAUGUGGAAGAUAUGCCACUUUUGACGAUAUUCCUAGCUUAUCAUGGAAAAUAGUCACCAUAACAAUUGGAGUUGGGUGCGGAAUAGCCUUGUUGGUAUCGUUUGUUGCCAUUUUGGCUGUAUGUAUUGAUGGUGUAAUGUCUCCAACGGUUGCAAGAUCAGCUGGAAUUUUUCAAUUUUGUGCAGGACUCCUGAUUGGAGGUGGCGUUGCACUCUAUCCCAAUGGUUGGGACAGUCCAGAAGUCAACCAAGCCUGUGGUAACCGUUCUGAUGCAUAUGUCAUGGGUGAUUGCAAGUUUUACUGGUCAUUUUAUCUAACAGCAGUAGGUGCAGGAAUAACAAUACUGUGGUCACUCAUAUCAUGUCAUGCUUCUCAUAAGAAACGUAGUGGACCGGUGCCUUAUACAGAUAUUUGAUAUUUAUCUCAAUGCAUCCGUUGCAGGAACAUGACAUAAUAAGACAAGCUGAAGUUUGGUGGAUGAAUUCUUAUACCUGUAAACCUAGGCAGUAUGUAAAAUAUCACAGGCGAAAUGUGCAAGCUGAUGUCAAAUUAACAUUUUUCACUAUCAAAAUUGCCAUUUUAUCACACGGAAAAACAAGUUUCAAUAUUAGCUUCGUUUAUGGGUGCAAUAUUUAAGUGUAUAUUUUGUAAAUCAGUGACAGUAUUAAUAUAUGAAUACCAAUUA